CAGUAUGUAUAAGACUCCACGCCAUCCUAUAUGGAUAACACUAGUAAAUGGACUGUAUGGACUGUUGUUUAGUGUUAACCAGCACCUGGUCAGUGACUGGAGAGUAGAACACAAGUUUGACCUCUAUUAUUACACUGGUCAAGCCACACAGACACGACCAACAAGGCUAAGUGUUGAAACCCGACUGGGAAGAAGCAGUCACGCCAGAACUGCCCUGCAGAAAAGUGAGGAAGAGAAGAAGAUACCUCCUCUGGAGAGGUGUAUCAUGACCAAGUGGUUUGGUGCUCAUAUUGACUGGAAUGGUACUAUGCCGUAUGUCACAUAACCAAUGCCUAAUACACGAGAGAACUGAUAUAGGGAAUAUUAUGGAACUCCUUCCUUAGCUUUAAGGUGCAUUUACAUUGAAGUUGGGUUAACCUUUUUGGACGUACCUUGCUUUAAGGUGCAUUUACAUUGAAGACAGGCUGAUUUUUCUUGGACAUACCUUGUUCUACAGGCUCUGUGGUUAAGCUAAACAUUACACAUGUAGUGUAUGUAUAUAUUCUGUUUGGUUUACAAAGUAAGUCACCAGUCCAGUUCAUGAUAUCGAUUAUGGGAAGUGCUGCUUCCAUGAACAUCCAUUUACUAUAACUGCCACAGCUAAGUUUAUUUGUAGGGAAAGUGGCCUGUUUAGAUAUGUCAUCAACACUGUUAUAGUUUAUCAUUUGUGAAACAGUUUUAGACGGAGAAUGAGUUAACUUUAUGUGGUCAUAUUUAUCAUACAAAUGUCAUUCAAAAGUUCAAGCACUUCAAACUUGAAAUAAUCCACAUGUGUGUUGAGAUGCUAAAGUGUAAAAUUUGUUAAAGAAAGAUGUUCAGAAGUAAUUCCAUGGAAAUAAGUCAGCAAAUACUUUUUAAAAAAUAUAAAUUAGUAGUAGCAUUGCUCAGUGUUCUGCCAGUGAGUUGCAAUGGACAACUUUACCUCAUAAUUUUGCACUCUUCUUUUGGUUUUUGAUUGUGUCACCAAUUAAAGGAUAUUAACACUGUUAUGAAGUUGAAUAUAAGUGUUUUUUUAAAUAAUAAUUAUCAUUGUUAUGUAUUAAUAAAAGAGAGGCAUUGGUAUUUUACAGGGACUUGGUAAACAACUAGCUGAACUUGUGACACAAUUUUAAAUUUUCAUUUACAAUUUUGAACAUUUCUCUUUGGAUGCUGAAAUCAAAAGCAAGGGUUAAGCCAUCACUUGUAGUUUUUUUUUUUCCAACUUUCCUAAUCAAAACCAAACUAUGCCAUUUAGUGAAUUGCAAUCAGUUUGCUCUAUGAGGAAUAUAGCACCAAAAUUAUGUCUUUUGUCUUAUUUUGGAUCAUGGGGCAGAUGUUGCAAAAGAUUUGAAUGCCAUAUUUUUCUUGCAAAGCAUCAAAACUUGAAUGAAAAAGAAAAAUCAAAGGUGAUUGAAGAAGGAAACAAAAGACUUGAAUGCCAUUCCAGCUGUUUCUGUAGCCAACAGAAAAAAAUAUAUAUAAAAAUAUAUAACUCUCUCCUUCCUUUAAUGUUUUAUUAUUAAAUUUGAUCACUGUAAGCAGGUAAACGAUUGAGGUUAAUAGUUAUGUUGCACAUUUAAUCAUAGUGUGAGCUAAAUUAUUUCUCCAUUUGAUAGGUUCUUCGCUUUUUUUAUUUCACAGAAUAUAACUUUGGUUUUUGAUCAAGUGUUGUGCUUCCUCUUUUUUCUUUAAUUACUUAUUUUUCACUAAAUAUUUUUAUAUAAAUGAUGUUUGUGCCAAUUAAUAAGAUAAAUGAAUUCCCAAAUUGAGAUGUUAGUGUACAAAACCUUGUUCUAGAUCUGUAGUAAGAGUUAAUUUGUUACAGAGCAGUUUGUUUUAACAAAUGCAGUAAAUGUCUUCAUCUGUGGAAAAUGUUUCAACUUGAAAUGAAUCUACAUGUAUCUUCAUGAUUUCCCAAUUAAAAAAUUGUUAAGAAAAUUUGAACAGUUCACAUGAUUUGUUGUGGAUAUACCCAUGACAGUAUUAAUUCUUUAAAUCAUGAUGAUUUUACUCGUUAACGAGUUAGUUUUUGUUGUGUUUUACAUUUGCUACUUUGGUUUUUGUUUGUGAAGUUGUUUGUAAAGGCUGUUAUAGUAAAUUAUGUUCACUUUCAACCAUGUUACUUAAAGAAACUAUGUUACUUAUAGAAAUACCCAUUGCAAAGGAAUUUAGUUUCUGUAACUUUGAUAUCCUUUAACAUUAUGGAAAUAAAUGUAAGGAUGUGAACUUA